GAAGUUCAAAAGCGAAACAGUAACCACCAUUGGCGGCGGUUGUUGUGCGUACAUACGAUAGUCGCGCGCGCAACGCGAUAACGCUGUUUCAGCAGGCGCCAGUAAGCUAGCAGACCUAGGCGCGAUUUCAUAAAGGAGCCCGCUAUUAUCGCCGGAGUCGCACAUCGCUCGCCUCAAAACCGGCGGCUGCUUUUACUGCGUUGCACAGAGAGCGAAGAAGAGAUGCGUCCUACACUCGCCACCGCCGCUGCGAGCCUGUGCGUCGCGUUGCUGCUGUUGGGCGGUCAGCCGCAGGGGCCGACGGGAUGCCUUGCCGAGAUACGCGAGGCCUGGAGCUACGUCAAGGUGCGCGAGCACGCGUACAUGUUCUGGUGGCUCAUGUUCGCCGACACGCCCGAAUACCAGGCGGCGCCACUCAUCAUCUGGCUUCAGGGCGGUCCGGGAGCCUCUUCGACUGGGUUCGGCAACUUCGCCGAGAUCGGACCCCAGGAUGUCCGGCUGUUGCCGAGGAACCACAGCUGGGUGCGCUUCGCCAACCUGCUGUUCGUGGACAACCCCGUCGGCUCGGGCUACAGCUUCGUGACCAACGAAACGGGCUUCGCGGUCAACAACUCCCAGAUCGCUUCCGACCUGGUCGCCAUGAUCUCCGUGUUCCUCGCAAAGAUGCCAGAGUUCCAGAACGUGCCUUUGUACAUCUUCAGUGAGUCUUACGGCGGCAAGAUGGCCGCCGAAUUCGCCCUCCAGCUUUACAAGGCCCACGCCAGUGGCAAGGUGUCGUGCAAGCUGUCCGGUGUCGCGCUUGGUGACGGCUGGCUGUCGCCGUUGGACUCCACGUCGACGUGGGGACAGUACCUAUACACCAUGUCGUUCUUGGACAAGACCAACCUGAUGACUCUGAACAAGGUGGUAAGCGAGAUACGCCAGGCACUGGUCGCCAAGGACGGGGCCGAGGCGACGGCGUUGUGGGCCUCGGCCGAGGACAUCGUCGAACAGCUGACGAACGGCAUCGACUGGUACAACAUCCUACAACCCCAGCAGGAAUCAUCGGCCUCUCUGGGAGUGCUGUCCUUGCCGUCUGACAACACACUCGGCCGAGCGUUUGUUCGCCACGUGGCGCACUUCUACAACGUCUUCAACGGCACCCUGACCGAGCUCAUGAACGGACCAAUCAAAGAGAAGCUCGGCAGCAUCCCCAAGAACGUCACCUGGGGAGGUCAGUCCGGUGCAGUGUUCCAGGCGCUGAAAGCAGACUUUAUGCUGCCGGCUGUAGACACAGUGGACAGACUGCUGAAUGAGACUGACGUCACGGUGGCUGUGUACAGUGGGCAGCUCGACCUUAUCGUCGAUGCUCUCGGUACGCUGCAGUGGAUGGAGCAACUUAAGUGGCCGGGCAUGAAGGAAUUCCAGGCGACGUCCAAGAAGCCCAUGGUAGUCGAAGGCGAGACUGCCGGCUACUACAAGUCCUUCAAGAACCUCACCCUCUACUGGGUCCUCAAGGCAGGGCACAUGGUUCCAGCCGACGCACCGCUGGCAGCACAGUCGAUGGCCAGACACAUCACCACGGGGAAGUGGUGACGAAACGAGAACUUCACCAUCGUCAUCACCACUCCCUUCGAAGAAAGACUCAUCACACAAGGAGGAAAACUCG